AGGUAGGGCGGAUUUAUGGGUCACAGAUAAACAGAACACUUGAGAGUUUACUGAUCCUGUUCAACUUUCGCUUCUCCCUGGUUGUGACGCAGAUAAGUUUUUACCAAGUGAGCUUCAUUUGAAGAUGAAGAUAGUACCUGUGUGCCAGCUGUUGUGAACUGAGCAGCAUGGAGUGGGGGUCGAGGAAAAAGCCUGCAGUCCAUUUAACUAAUAUGAACUACAGCAACCAGAGGGAACAACCAGAAUCUAAAUCGACACCAAAACCAAAAUAUGAUUCAGAAUCUGGUUACAGCACUGCAACAGCCUGGAGCGACAGGAUGAACGAUUUUAUUGAUGAAUCUAUAGCAGACCAACCUUCUGCUGCCAGGAGGAGCCCUCAAGGAUCAGAUUGUUUUUCAUCUGAGCACAGUGAUGCGUCCUUUAGGAGCAGCAGGUCAAAGGAAAUCGACCAUGACUUUAAUAGUGAACCUUCACUUACAUCUGAGAGUUUUAGAAAGAUCCAUGAAGCGCUCCUCCAAAGUCAGCAGGAGGUCAUACGCCAACAGGGGGUCAUAUACCAACAGGAGGUCAAACACCAGCGGGAGGUCAAACGCCAGCGGGAGGUCAAACGCCAGCAAGAGGAUUCCCUACACCAGCGAGAGGAUUCCCUACGCCAGCGGGAGGAUUCCCUACGCCAGCGGGAGGAUUCCCUACGCCAGCGAGAGAACCAGGAGGCCCAGCGGAAGAUAAUAAAUGCUGUGGGUGAUGAGCAACAUUUGAAGUCUGGAAAGACUUAUUCAUGUGGAUCAGAAAGGGACCGUCUGCCGCUUGCUGCUCCACUCCACCAGAGAACAAUGCCUGACAAUAAGAGUUCGGUUGUGGAUUACUGCCGACGACAUAUUC